AUGAUGGUUUCGAUGGAGGCAUUAGCAAUGGCAGGAUCGGAUUAUCAAGAAUGGGGACUUAGUAUUGAUGAAUGGGGGCUUCAAGAAUCUGUCGUUCCACCUCAUUUGCUUGCAGAUGAUUUUCAAGAAGAAGAUCAUCCAGAAGAUGAUGAUCGAGUUCCCGAUGGUGUAGCGGUUAUACCGGAUGUUACAUGUGACAUUCUAGCUUCGCUUGGGAAAUUUAUUGAACAAUCUAUGUCACAUAUCGUCGUUGUUCACCUAAAGCAUCUUAAGUUCCUCAGACUUCUUGAGAACUUUUUGUUCAGCCAUGUUUUUGAGUUUCUUUUGUAA